CGUGGGGUACCAGGGGGCGGAGCCAGCGAGCUGCUGCAGCUGUCCAUGGUCGCAUAGUGAGAGCCAGAGAGGGUCCGGGUACGUGCGAGAUGCGGCCAUAGUCACGCUGCACCGCCUCACAUCAGAACCCGUCCGGAUCGGUAUUCCUAUUGAGCAACAGAGCCGACUGAAAGCCUGUGAGGCAUCAUGGCUGAGCACCAGAGGCAGCGCUCUCUGUCCACCGCCGGGGAGUCUCUCUACCACGUCCUGGGGGUCGACAAGGUCGCCACAUCGGACGACAUCAAGAGGUCCUACAGGAAACUGGCGCUAAAGUUCCACCCUGACAAGAACCCAGACAAUCCGGAGGCAGCGGAAAAAUUCAAAGAGAUAAACAACGCCCAUGCCAUCCUGAAUGACCCCACGAAGCGAAAUAUUUACGAUAAAUACGGCUCUCUGGGACUGUAUGUGGCUGAGCAGUUUGGGGAGGAGAAUGUUAACACUUAUUUUGUCCUUUCAAGCUGGUGGGCAAAGGCUCUGUUUGUAUUCUGUGGCCUGGCCACUGGAUGCUACUUCUGCUGCUGCCUGUGCUGCUGCUGUAACUGCUGCUGCGGACGAUGUAAACCUCGGCCUCGGGAGGGCCAGGAGCAGGACUUCUACGUGUCCCCCGAGGACCUGGAGGCUCAGCUGCAGUCUGAUGAGAGAGAGGCUGCUGGGGAGCCCAUAGUGCUGCAGCCGUCGGCAACAGAGACGACUCAGCUAACAUCGGAUGGGCACUACUCCUACCACACCGACACCGGCUUCAACUAACCCCUCCGCUCCCGUCAGUCCCAGAACGGGAUCCUGCCUGCUUCCCUGCUCCACCUCCGUGAGAUGAAAGAAAAAGGCAAACCCAUCCUUCCACGUCAGAAGAGCCAUGCAGAGGAGAGUGGACUUGUCAGCAUGGCCUUUCAAAUGAACUAAUGAAGUCACAUCCACUCCCCUCCUUCCCUCAUUAUGCUUUCCCCAUGUGCAAGAAGGAAAGAGAAACAACCAAACUGUUUCCCUUUGGGUUCUUCUUCUGCACUUUAACCACACAGGUCCCCGUUCCCUCCAUUUCCCAUUGUUUGCAUCAUGGUGUAGCAUGCACUGUGUCGAAAACAUUGUCCCUACAAUUUCUUUAUGCCUUGGCAACAGUUUUACUUAUUAGCAAGAAUCAUAACAUAUGUGCAGUGAUGUUAAAAUGAGCACAGCUCACCAGGAGGAGGAGAAAGAGGUCAAGUUUACGAGAUAUUUUCUGCUGAAGGAGUGGAGAGCCGCGGCUCGUCAGGGAUGGUUGGAAACAUGCAUGAAGGUUCAGGCAGUCAGUGCCAUCAUUAAACGUUAGAGGACUGGUCUGUCCCCACAUUUGCACUUUUCACUUCUAAUUUGAGAUCGAUUUUGUUUUCGGCACAAAAACAGCUCUGACACUGUUUUCUGUUUGUCUCUUCUGUGUUCCUUCCUGAGUGGUUUUGAUCCAAGUCGUUAAGGCGCCCAGCUUUAUUCGUGGACAGGCGUUCAUAAAUACCAGCCAGGGUUCAAUUUAGCUUCAUAUCCUAUUACAUGCAACAGGGAAAGGUUUGCGUUCUGCGCCUCACCGCAGCAGGUAUUGUGAUUAUUUUGAAGCAAACUCCUGUAAUGGAUUUGGUCCAUGUUACAUUAUAAAUCUCAUAUUUUCAUAUCAGCAGCUUAACAUUGACAUAAACUCUGGAUGCAACAAUUAGAAGGAACCUCACACAAAACAACUUGUUGAAGUGUAACAAGUUUAUUUAGUUGCACUUCAUCCACGCUGGUUUUAUUUUUAUUGCAUAAAGCCAAGGAGCUUAACAAAGUUAAGCUGUGCAGAAUUCAAGAUGAUUUUAUUUUAUCUUUUAUUUUUUUGUGCAAUAAGCUCAGCGUUGCCAAGCUUCAUCUUAUUCAACC